GUGAUAAUGGAGCUGAUAGGGAUGGAGCAGAUGGGAACGAAGCGAAUGAAAAUAGUGUGGAUGAAGACGAAGUGGUAAAAUGCUCGGGAAAUAAUGCUUAUUGGUCUUCUUUUCUCAGCGCAUUAGAUAAGCAAGAGGAAUCAAUUCACAUAAAGCUAACAACAUUACUUGCAGAAAUUUCCCAAGACAAUAUAGGGAGCAGAGAAGAAAUGUAUAAAUUU